CACAUCAAAACCAGAGAGUGUCCAUAAUCGCCUCACUGCCGCAUCUACGAUCUCCAUCGACUCGUCUGCGCAUCUCUCUCUCUCUCCUGUGUGAUUCAUCCUUCAAACAAACUAGCAUCAUGGUUAGCCAUAAGGAGUUUGAAACUGCAGGGAAGAAGCCAGGGCUGCAGGUGUGGCGUAUCGAGAGCAUGGACCUCAAGCCGGUUCCCAAAGCCCUGCACGGCUCCUUUUACACCGGAGAUGCCUACCUGCUGCUCUUCACCACCUCAGCCCCAUCAUACAACAUUCACAUGUGGUUGGGGGAUGAGUGUUCACAGGAUGAGAGUGGAGCGACAGCGAUCUUUGCCUCACAGCUGGAUGACUUCCUGGGUGGUGGCCCGGUGCAGUACAGGGAGGUGCAGAACUACGAGUCCAACACUUUCCUGGGUUACUUCAAGUCAGGCAUCAAGUACCAGAAAGGAGGUGUGGCCUCAGGUUUCAAACAUGUAGUGACCAACGGCGUGGAUGUAAAACGCCUGCUGCACGUUAAGGGUCGCAGGGUCAUCAGAGCAACCGAGGUGAAUAUGUCCUGGGAUAGCUUCAACAAAGGAGACUGCUUCAUCAUUGACCUGGGAAAGGACAUCUAUCAGUGGUGCGGCAGUGAGUGUAACCGUUUUGAGCGGCUGAAGGCCUCCGAGGUCACCAUCGACAUCAGAGAUAAUGAGAGGAACGGCAGAGCCAAAGUGCAUAUGGUGGAGGAGGGGGACGAGCCGGCUCCCAUCAUAGAGGUUCUAGGACCAAAAACCUCCAUCGCCCCCAGUACUCCGGAUGACGACAAGGUGGAGACUUCCAACAGGAAGAAGGCUGCCCUCUACAUGAUCUCAGAUGCAUCUGGGUCUAUGAAGGUGUCGUCUGUGGCUGCAUCCAGUCCCUUCAAACAGGCCAUGCUGUCUCCGGAGGAGUGCUACAUCCUGGACAACGGGGUGGACAAGACCAUCUUUGUGUGGAAAGGCCCUAAGGCCACUGUGUCGGAGCGUAAAGCAGCCAUGGCUGCAGGUCAGAAGUUCAUCACUGAUAAGGGAUACAACAAAAAUACAACGAUCCAAGUACUUCCUGCAGGUGGCGAAACGUCUCUCUUUAAGCAGUUCUUUUCCGACUGGAGGGAUAAGGAUGAGACCACAGGUCCCAGUAAGGCCUACACUAUUGGCCGCAUAGCCAAAGUGGAGCAGGUUCCCUUUGAUGCCUCUACCCUACACACAAACAAAGCCAUGGCAGCGCAGCACGGCAUGGUGGACGAUGGCAAGGGCAAAGUCCAGAUCUGGCGUGUCGAGAAUGGUGCAAAUGUGCCCGUGGAUCCCUCCUCUUAUGGUCACUUCUAUGGGGGCGACUGUUACCUCAUCCUCUACAGCUACAGACAGGGAUCACGGGAGCAGCACAUCAUAUACACAUGGCAGGGGCUGAAGUGCACACAAGACGAACUGGCCGCUUCGGCGUUCCUCACAGUGAAGCUGGAUGACUCAAUGGGAGGAGCCCCAGUUCAGGUGAGAGUGUCACAGGGUCAGGAGCCUCCCCACCUGAUGAGCAUCUUCAAGGACAAGCCAAUGAUCAUCCACAGUGGAGGAACGUCACGCAAAGGUGGACAGACACAAGCCGCCAGCAGUCGCCUCUUCCACAUCCGGCAGAGCUCCUCCAAUGCUACCCGUGCGGUGGAGGUCCAAGCUACUGCCUCCAAUCUGAACACCAACGAUGUUUUUGUGUUGAAAACGCCAAGUGGCUUGUUUGUGUGGCGUGGCGUGGGCGCCAGCGAUAAAGAGAUGGAAGCAGCCAAGCAUGUGGUGGCUUUCCUGGGUGGUAGUCCCAGCAAUGUGUCAGAGGGCAAGGAGCCAGCUGACUUCUGGUCUGCUCUGGGAGGCAAAACGGAUUACCAGACGUCAAAGAGUCUGCAGAGCGGGAUCAGACCCCCACGUCUCUUUGGCUGCUCCAACAAAACAGGAAGACUCAGUGUGGAAGAAGUUCCUGGAGACUUCACUCAAUCAGAUCUGGCCACUGAUGAUGUAAUGCUCCUUGACACCUGGGAUCAGGUCUACAUUUGGAUUGGCAAAGAUGCCAAUGACGUGGAAAAGGAAGGAGCUCCCAAGAUAGCAAAAGAAUAUGUGGACUCGGAUCCCUCCGGUCGCAAAGGAAUUCCCAUCACCACCAUCAAACAGGGAGCAGAGCCUCCAACUUUCACUGGCUGGUUCCAGGCUUGGGAUCCCAAGAUGUGGGACACAGAUCCAUUGGACCGAAUCCGUGCCCGCUUCUGAACACAGAACUCCAGGCUCUCCGUCUAUGUCUGACUCCUUACCUAUCCUGCAGUCCCUAAUGCUGUUUUUAUUCAUUUUAAUUUCAAUCCCCAAGUGCCAAAAACCAAUGCUAUCGUCGUUAUCACCCUUAAUAGCUGCCUCAGCAACAGUGCAGUGUACUGGGCUUCAUAAACAGGAAUGAAUCACAUCUGCAUGCAAACGAUGGCUUCUGCUAGCAGUUAUGUUUAAUUGAUCAAAAUGGUUGAUUGAUCAUAUCCAAAAGCCUUUACAUGUUUAGCAAAUACCCACUGAGGGCUCUAAUAGGAAUAAGAAAAUACGAAAGCCAUUUAGGCAGCUGGACAAAUCCUCUGUUUCUGUUUUUUUUUACUGUUCUACUUGUGUGUUCAGAAGGAGCCAUUCUCUCAUGCUUUCCUUACAGUUUCUAUAUCAAAACAGCUUCCUUCUUUAGUACACAUAAAUGCAUGGUGUUUUAUGAUUGAUAAUGGAAAGUUGUAUACUUGCUAUGAGUUGCACGGAGCUUUUUUUGGGGGGGGAUCUGUGCUCAUGAAUUUAAGAGUCACACAAUGGUAAAUGGCCUGUAUUUGUAUAGUGCUAUUCUAGUCCCUAAGGACCCCAAAGGGCUUUACACAAUCAGUCACCCACCCAUUCACACAAUGGUAUGUGUAUGUCACAUGUUAAAAAUCUAUUAAAUGGGAUUUUCACAUAGAUGACUUUUAAAUAAAGCUCACAGUGUUUCAAA